AUAGCACAUGUGACACAAGCCAUUGUACGCGCUCCAUCUCUGCCAGGAUUCUUAAAGCCCCCCCCCAAACAGCUCGCGCGAUAAGUGUGAAACAAUACAGAUGACCAUCACCACCAUCGCGCUGGUUUUGUUUUUCCUUUUUCGCACGCCCUAGUCAUUUUAUGUUAAUUCCCCCCCACCUUCAAGGUCGUAACUGAGCUGCUCUCUCGUAUCCUGAGAGAAAGGGAAAAAAGUCAAAAGAAAAGGCGCAUUCAUUCCACUCACCUUAAGCUGCAUCGAAAUAGCUCUCCCUGGCUUAUUUUCUCGUACUAACCAUUCCCUGCGCAUAAUUUUUGCCGCACAUAUACGAACAUGCUUGCGUACGCAAACGUGUAGCAGCACACACGUACCCUUCGUUGUUCAGUCCGUGAAAAAGGAUACAACGAAGGGAGUGCAAUUUAGAGGUGGUCAAAACAGUAAGUUCUUUUCCUCGCAGUUGGAAGCCUCCAAACGAUUGAGGGAAACCCCUUCGAGAGUAAAUUGCCCCAUCCAACGUAACAACCUUGCUGAAGAAUGGCCAGGAGAUAUGACAGCAGGACGACCACCUUCUCCCCAGAGGGAAGAUUAUACCAAGUAGAGUACGCCCUAGAAGCAAUAAAUAAUGCCAGCAUAACAAUUGGCAUAAUAACAAACGAAGGAGUAAUCCUGGGGGCCGACAAAGUGUUCAUAUCUAAGUUAAUAGAUAAGGCAAAUAAUUUCGAAAAAAUCUACAAAAUUGACAAACAUAUAUUUUGUGGAGUGGCAGGACUAAAUGCAGAUGCCAACAUUUUAAUUAAUCAGUCAAGACUAUACACACAAAGAUAUCUGUACAACUACAAUGAUGUGCAGCCUGUCUCCCAAUUAGUUGUUCAAAUUUGCGAUAUAAAGCAGAGCUAUACACAGUAUGGGGGGUUAAGGCCCUACGGUGUGAGUUUUUUGAUUGCGGGGUAUGAUGUAAAGGAGGGAUACCAGCUGUACCACACCGAUCCCAGUGGGAACUAUUCUGGAUGGUUUGCUACCGCCAUUGGCACGAAUAACUUGACGGCCAGUUCGAUUCUCAAGCAGGAGUGGAAGAAGGACAUGACCCUGCAGGAUGGCCUGUUGCUGGCCCUGAAAACGCUGGCCAAGAGCACAGAUAGCGAGGUACCCAAAAGCGAAAAAAUCGAGUUAGCCUACCUAUCCAACAAAGACGGGGAGCUCAUACAGAAAUAUUUAACAGAAAAGGAAAUAGCAGAACUGGUUAAAGUAUACACAGAAAAGUAUGUGAAAGAGUAA